AUGGAUGAAUAUUCUCAUAGACUACCUUUAUGGAUAAAUAACUCAUACUCCCUCUUGCUCAAACUCAAUAACUCCUUCGCUAUUCCUUCAAAUAUCACUCUUCAUUUACACUUACAGAUUUUGGCCGGAAAUCGCAUUAGUAAAAUCGACAAGGACAUUACAGAAUCACUUCCAAAUCUUUCAUCGCUCGUUUUAACUGGGAAUUUAAUCGCUAAGAUCUCGGACUUGGAACCUCUCUUUAGGUCAAAGACACUAGAGAGACUCACACUCUUGGACAAUCACGUUACGGCAGUACCGCACUUUAGGGAGUACAUUAUCUACAAGAUACCGACGUUGCGUUACCUAAACUUUCUCAAGGUCAAGGAGAAGGAACGUCUGGAGGCCGCACAGCUAUUCAACUCCCCAGAUGCCGCAAAGGUAUUCGCAGAGAUGGGAUAUGAGCUCGACGAGGAAAUGGAAUAA